AUGAUAGGAGAAGAUAACAACGCCGUUCCACAACUAUUUGUUCCAUUUUCGGGCCCAAAUCGAGGAUUUCCGAUGGAAGGACCGAACUACGAUUUUGCGGAUCACGGUCAUCUGGCUCCCCGUUUUUGCUAUAAUGAGCCAGAACCUACGGCAUUGGCUCCGGAUGCUCCACUUAACCACUCAGGUUUUCGGAUUGGUGCAGGAGGAGAAGAAAUCAUCAACGAGUUUUCCUACCCGCCGCAGGCGUACACACCUCAAGAAUUCCCCUCAAGUUCGAUUCUUCCGGAACUGAAUCGAAAAGCUCAUGAAACGAUUGAAAUGAGCUUUGAUCUAUGCAGAAAUAACUUGAAAAUGGCCCUCGAGCAAGUUUAUGGCCAAGAAAUUUCCCAACUGAAGAUCCAAAGGGAUUUAUUGGAGAAGCAAGUCGCAACAAAUAUGGAGAUGCGGCAAAACGAAGAGCAAUGGGGACAGAAGGAAAUUGAUAGAUUGAGAGCCCUAGAACGAACACUUUUGGACGAGAAGAACGCGCUGCAGACGAAGCACAUCGAUGCUCUACAAGCUCAGGAAAAAACAAUGCGGCAACAGUAUGAAGAACAAAUGAGAUCUCUGGAAAAAGAGUGGUCAGAGGAAUGCGAAAGGAAAGUUCGAGAAGUCCAAAAAUCCGAGGCAAACUUGAAACAAGAGCUACAAGAACAUAAAGAGAAGGCGAAACUCCGAGAGAAACGCUUGAAGGAUGUUUUGGGAAGAUCUGAGGCUGCCGCCAAGACUGCGGAGUUCCACCAUGGCGUCUGUGAAGAGAGAUUCCCGGAAUGGGGGCAUUCGUCUCAAUCCGUUUUGAAAGCGUGUGUGGGUGUGAAGACCGAGUUGGAAGAGAUGAUUGAGAAAUCGUCGAUAUAA